GUUUUCCAUUUGAAUCCACGCCACACAUUUAUGGCGAUUCUGAGCGUCAGGGCAGAUUUCUGCCGGGCCCAGCACAGCAUCCUGGCUGAGAAGUGAGCUGGAGGCCGGGGUCCCACGUGCGGUAACUAAACUUGGCCUUGAAGACUCAACACACUGAGACGUAAGCCUCAAAUAUAUGGGGUUAUCUUCUGCACAUUGGAAACCUCUUCCUCUUAGUGACACUAGAGAAGCAAAGCCUGGCUGAGCCCCAUUGGGGAGAAGACUUGUCCUGACAUUUUCUUUGUGCCUCACCAGUGCCUAAAUGUAGUCAAGGCUGCCUAUUUUUUGCAUGUAGUAGAAACCUGCAAAAUCUGAAGGAGUGCCACCUGCAGUGAUUGAGGCUGAAGUUGAAUUCCAGCAGAUGCUCAAGUAAGCCAGUAUUUCUUAAAGUGAAAAGUUAUUUUGAAGAACAAACCAAGGAAAUAAGGAAAGAUCUCAUCAGUCCCCACUUUAGUGGUCUUUAAUGUUUUCUGCUGUGAAACAUUGCAAGAUUUGAUUUUUAAUUUUUGUUUUGUUAGUCCUCAUACACUUUUCUCCCUUCGCCAUUAUGAACCGUCCUGCUCCAGUGGAGAUUACUUAUGAGACUAUGCGCUUCCUGAUUACCCACAACCCAACCAAUGCAACCCUCACCAAAUUCACAGAGGAGCUGAAGAAAUACGGCGUGACAACCUUGGUGCGAGUCUGUGAUGCUACCUAUGAUAAAGCACCUGUUGAAAAAGAAGGAAUCCAAGUUCUGGACUGGCCGUUUGAUGAUGGAGCCCCACCCCCUGGUGAAAUUGUGGAGGACUGGCUCAACCUGUUGAAAACCAAGUUCCGUGAGGAGCCAGGCUGCUGUGUCGCUGUGCACUGCGUGGCAGGAUUGGGAAGAGCCCCAGUUCUGGUUGCCCUCGCGCUCAUUGAAUGUGGAAUGAAGUAUGAGGACGCUGUGCAGUUUAUAAGACAGAAGAGGAGAGGAGCAUUCAAUUCUAAACAGCUGCUCUAUCUUGAGAAAUACCGACCGAAGAUGCGAUUACGCUUUAGAGAUGCCAACGGGCACUGUAUCGUGCAGUAAGCCAAGUCCCUUUGUGACGUCUUGACACUAUCAUGGCUGUCUUUCUGGACUCGUGGAACCUGGAAAUGUAAUUCUAGAAUUGAGCGACAUCCUGACCGUCAUGGAGUCAGUGCUCCUCUGCCUUUGUCCUAAUGAUAAUGAUUGUGAUAAAAAAAUAAAAUUAAAAGAAAACAUUUCAGUGAAGGAUUGUCUUCUCAUGUUACAGUCUGAUCAUCUGCCAAGCAAUGGGAGUUUCCUUUCUGUAUUUUUAACUUUUUUGGAGGAGGAGAAAAAACCCUUAAUAAAUUGAUUUUAUGUUUUGAGGAACAGCGGCGUAUCAGGCUGUGCAGAACUUGUAAUUGUGGAGUAGGAUGGGGAGCCCUAAUUAGGUUCUAGCCUGAUUUUUUUUUUUUUUUUGGUUUAGUUUUAGAAAUGAAUUCUCUUUCAUUUUGUUGAAACCUGGAAGAUAGAAUUGGAGUUUCAUUUGGUACAUGUGAGUGAGCAGCAGCCUUAAACCCUGUGGGGUGCUCUUAGAAAUAGUGUGAUAUAUGUAUGUAUCUAAGUUUGCUGGUAACAGGUUGUUUGUACCAGUGAGGGAGAGGCAGCAUUAGUAAACCUCAUAUUCUGGGUUAAAGCCCUUAACCAGGUGGCGUCUGCAAGCAUCAUUCAGUGUACACCUAAACAGGCAUCUGGAAGAAGGCUGGGGCGUGAGCUCGUUUCAUAAUGCUGGAGGUUGUGAUUCAUUUAACAGGAAAGCUUCAUGCUCUUCUUAUGCAGAUGUCCAAAUUACAUGAUGGUAGGUAUUUCCAAUGUUGUCUUCAGUGCUGAGAUAUAUUGCUCAACAUUUGUCUACAGUGACCUGUAUCUAAAUGUUUUGAGUUAGACAUUAACUUCCUGCAGUUUAAGCAGAAAAAAAAUCUUCCAGCAAAGAAAGAGACUGGGAAUGUUUUUGAUGAAAACAGUUAAAACACCAACUAUCAUCCAAGUUGGAUGAAUAGGUGGCACGUUUCCUACCUGGAGAGUUCUCACCACUCUGCAAGGAAUACGGUUGAAUGAAGUCUUGUUCUCAUGCAGCUUUUCCAUCCAUUGGCAUCUCGAGCUCCCAAUGCCUCUGGGUAUUUUUUCCAGAACGGCCUCUUGUAGAGCUCACCUUAACCACUGAUUGCCUUGUUUAUAACUUUUCACCGGGUUCUUAAGGGAGACUUGCUGAUUACACACUGUCAAUGCCUCAUAUGUUUAUGUUGUCUUAGAGGAAAAUAGAGGGAACUGUGCUCUAUAUUUGAUUAGGAAAGGCAGGACGUUUUGCUUAUGAGUUUGUUCAUUUUAAGUGACUUCUCUGCCAAAUUGCUUCAAUUAAACUGAGUUGUUUGUCUUCCAACUCAGUUUUGCUUUUGAAGAUAUGUUUGCUGAAGAUUUUUAAUUUAUGUCCUUCAGUCUAGAGCAUCAGGCUCUCUCCUCUUCCUCCAGCUGCUGUCAGUGAACACAGACAAGGCCUUCCAGCUCUCCAAACAGGGUAUCUCAUGGUGUAUUGUGCUGAAUCACUUGACAUAGUCCUAUUAAACAUUUUGAAUCUAAAAUCAUUAAAGCUUCCUGACAAACUUGUGCUAAAGCUGGUUGCGAUGAUAUGCCACUCAGUCUAAAUAUGGGUGACUCGGAGCGCAAUCCUGUGCAUGUUGAUUCAGAAGUAAACUUCUUUAAAUUCAGUGGGAUUGACACCCAUGAAUGUUUGUAAGAUUGCAGUCUUGACCGGUUUCAGUUUGUAAAUCUAUAAGCCCCAAAUGUCAGAUUGCUUGAUAUUUUGUUUUUUCACAUUGUUGUUAAACAUACAAGUGUUCAGAGUGGCAUGUCUUGCAUUUGAGGAAGAUGAUGUUUAUCUGGAAGCAUAAUUCUAGGAAGAAAAAAUUAGACCUGUCUUCCUUGUUUCUUCGUUUCCUGCCCAUAAAAGUGCACAUCCUUGUAAUUAAUCUCAUUUCCUCAAAAAUGUUCUUUUGACAGAAAAGUAAUAGCUACAACAUAAUGUGUUGAAGCCGGAUAAAAAAAGUCCUAAAAUACUGCCCUAAGGCUGUAGAAUAAAUGGAUUUCUUUUCUUUUCUUUUCUUUUCCCUAUGUAUAGUUUUGUCUUCCCCUCUCCUUUCAGUUUCACUUUGUUGUAUUAUAGUAUAUUAGCUUGUAUUGCAAACCUAACAGAGCGGAUUAAGGGGGCGGUUCAGUAUACAGGGCUACACAUUCUGUCAUAGAAUAGAAAUGCUGGAGCUUCAACGUGAGCCGAGCUUAAUAGGCACAAUUUCUGGUUUAGCACUCGAAACAAAGUGCAAUAAAGUUCUUACUGUAAAGUC